GAAUGAGUCAAGCAGCUGGCAAUGACGGACAGGCGGUCCCAGAGGGGGAGCCUGAGCACAUGAGCGUGCACACUGAAGCGUCGAGCUUCACACCUCAGCAGGCCUCCGAGCAGGCGGUCCCGGGCGUGGGCCCUAUGCCGGAAGCUAUCCCUAUUGUCCAGCCGCAGUUCGCGACUAACUUCAUGAACUUCCUCCAGCAGAUGGCUGGAGCUUACGCGCCACCACCGCCGCCACCACCGCCACCAGUGGCGGUGGUCACUAUCGAGAAACUCCAGAAGAAUGGAGCUGAGGAAUUCUUAGGCGAUCAGAUCGCCGACCCCAUGAUUGCCAAACGGUGGUUUGAGCGAACCAUCCGAGUGUUGGGGAACCUGAGGGUUCCACAGGAGCAGCGUGGCGACCUCGCAGUCGCAUUACUUCAGGAUUCCGCCUACGACUGGUGGAAGCGUGUGGGAGCAGGCGUCCCGGAGCCCGUGCAGUGGGCCACAUUUGACCGACUCUUCCACGAAGAGUACAUCCCUGAGCACUUCGUCGAGGCGAAGCGGGAGGAGUUUUUGAAGUUCACCCAGGGUGAACUCACACUGCCUGAGUAUCGUCAGAAGUUUGACGAGCUCGCGGGGUUUGGGCU